AUGUUGAACAGAAGUAUUGGAUUAAAGAAGGGUCUCGUCCCGGUGACAAGAGCUGUCUCGAAGAGGCAUCUUUCAAUUAAUGAGUUCAGGUCAGCUCAGUUGCUGUCAGAGUACGGUGUCAACACGCCUGCUGGUUCGGUGGCAAGGACUCCACAGGAGGCUUCUAAAAUUGCUGAGAGUCUGUUCAAUUCCAAAAAGUUGUUCGAUAAUGAGUUGGUGGUGAAAGCACAAGCUUUGACAGGGGGCAGAGGUAAAGGCCAUUUCGAUAAUGGCUUUCCCACCGGUAUUAAAAUGGUCGACGGUGUCGACGAGACUGUCUCUGUGGCGGCGCAGAUGUUGGGGAACCGUCUGAUCACCAAACAGAGCGGGGAAAGGGGGAAACUAGUCGACGCUGUCUAUAUCGUGGAGAAGAAGAAGGUUUUGAAGGAGGCAUAUUUGUCAAUUAUCAUGGAUAGAGCCGCUAAGAAACCAUUGAUUAUAGCCUGCAAAGAAGGUGGGAUGAACAUUGAAGAAGUCGCCAAGAGAAAUCCAGAUGCAAUUAAAAAAUACCAUAUCGAUCCUUCCGUUGGGGUCACCGACCAGAUCGCAAUGGACGUUUCAAAAGCAUUGGGAUUCUCAGAAGGCGUUUUGAAUGAGGGCGCCGACCAAGUUAAGAAGUUAUACGAGAUCUAUGACAAGACGGAUAGCACACAGAUAGAAAUCAAUCCGAUCAGUGAAGUAGAAGAAUUGGACGAUCCAAAGACUCACAAAGUGUUCUGUAUGGAUGCCAAGUUCGGUUUCGAUGAUAAUGCUUCCUACAGACAAGAAAAAAUUUACUCUUGGAGAAACGAUGUCGAAGAGUCUCCAGAAGAAAAAUUCUCCACAGAGGCCAAGAGAGACUUCGAUUUGAAUUUUGUUAAAUUGAAUGGUAACAUCGGUUGUCUUGUUAAUGGCGCAGGGUUGGCAAUGGCUACAAUGGAUGUCAUUCAAUUGUACGGAGGUAAACCUGCUAAUUUCUUAGACUGUGGCGGUGGUGCUACCCCGGAAACCGUCAAAAAAGCUUUUGAAUUGAUCGUUCAAAGCUCAAAAUCGUCCAAUACCGCGCUGGAUGCCAUUUUUGUCAAUAUCUUCGGUGGUAUUGUUAGAUGCGACUACGUUGCACAAGGAAUCGUCGACGCCAUCAAAGAAUUGAACUUAAAGAAUUUGCCAAUUAUCGUCAGAUUACAAGGCACAAAUCUUGAAAAAGGUAGACAAAUCGUAAAGGAAUCAGGUGUUAAUAUUUUCUCCUUCGACGAAUUGGAUCCAGCUGCAGAAAAAGCAGUUGAAAUGGCUAACACCAAUGCUAAUGCUUAG